AUGGGGUUUCUCACCCUGUUACCGGAACUUCUCGAACUUAUCCUAGACUACAUAGACGUACGCUCUGACCUGCUUUCUUUGACUCUGACCUGCCGCUUCUUCGCCGCCUACGUUCUUCCUGACCGUCUCGACUAUCAUACACUGGUGGUCACACCUUACCACGAAGCCCUCUGGGAAAAUCUAUGCGCCCACCCUCAACUUGCACGGCUCGUGCAUAACCUGACGUUGUACGAUGACCCUCUGCAAGUAAAGCCACAUACCGGGAAGUUGAGGCUUCCGCGUGGGCUCGGGUCUUUGGGGCAUGAGUACACACUGGGCCGAUUCGAUGCGGAGCAUAUCGCUCGUUCGCUUGCUAGUAUGGCGAAUGCGAGGCGACUGCAUCUAAUGUACAUCCGCAAGAGCAACGUUGAAACCGCACUGCACGUCCUACCGGAUACCUUGAGGCUCGUCUUUGAAAAUCUACCAUCCUUGGAACGAGUGUCGACUAUGACCAGCCUCGGGGAUGAAGACGUGAAAGCUCUGGCAAAUGCAGACCAUCCGCUCUGGGCGCUUUCUGGGCUUAAGUCCUUCGAAAUAGAUGUAAAAGGGGACCACGAUACUCUUUGGCCCGCAUACCAAGCCGUAUUGCGGCGCUCUCCCGAGCUAGAGAACCUGCGCCUUCCCGACUUCCUCACCGAGGUUGAGGUUGCCCAGCUCAGUGACAUACCACUGCCCCACCUCAAGCGCUUCAAUCGCGGAUACGUGUGGUCUAUCUCAAUCACGUCGCACAUCGUCACUUUCUUGAACGCGCAUCCCACCAUUGAGAUGCUUCGCUGGGCGACGGUCCCGUCAAUGCCCAUACCAUGUUCAUCCCUGCCCGCCCUGCGACAACUGUCAUCACCGAAUUCGUCGUUCCUCGCCAUGUUGCUCUCACGCGAGAAGCAAGGCAGCGUGCACCUGGCUUCUAUGAAGGACGUGCCGCUGAACGACGAACUAUUGCCGUUACUCGACGCAAUUAACCAAGACACCAUGCGAUCGUUGCAUCUAGGCUCCCUCGACAACUUCCACACGUUGCGAGAGCUGGCGCACUACUUCCCCAACCUCGAGGAGCUCACUCUACCGCGUCGCGGGGCAUGGCGCGAGAAUGGUCAAGUCGUAACGCGCCUUACUCGCGCAGUGCUUCGGCCCUGGGUACGGGACAUACAUCUUUUCACGCUGCAGGAGGCCAUGCAAUUGUUUCCGAAGCUUGAAGUCGUCAAGGGCGUUCGAUGCCCGUCAGGCCUCGAGCCCGAUUGGGAGGUGGACGAUGGGAGGGCGAAGGACGUUCUGGAAGAGUUGAGGGAGACUUAUCCGAGUCUGCGUCGGGUCAAUAAGUGGAGGCUUCGAUGA